AUGUCAGACACUACCAUUGAUCCGAAGGAAUUUACCUUUGAUCAAGAAGUCCUCAUGGCUCCAGCGUACAGGAGGAUUCAAAUAUCGCCAUCUAGGGCGAGAGGAGUUGUUCCUCCAUCGUUGUUUAACUCUGCCCGGAAUGUGCACGAGGGAGCUGAGUCUCAUAUCACUUCCUUCGUGGGACCAGCGCGACCAGCGCGACCAGCGCGACCGGCUUCUCUAUCUACGAUAGGUUUCUCCUAUGCGUAUGAACCAAGGGUCCUUUAUGUAGUCGCCAGCCUAGACGAAUUCAGCACCGAGCGAACUAAAACAGAGGGGGGCUACCCUUAUCUCACAUAUGGAGAUGGCGAACUCUUUGACGUGGUUGCUGAAAAGGGCGAGCUGUGGCUCGCAAGGAAUCAAGGUGACCUAGCUGAAGUUAUUGGUUGGAUUUGGAACCAACAUUUUGCUAGGUUGGUAGAACAGGAUGACCUGGGGGAACACCAUGAGCCGGUGGAACAGCAUGAUACUGUUAGCCUGAGCUCUAGAUUGAUACCAGCUCGGCCGCCUCGACCUACCGGACCAAUCCUUCAGAACACGGUUGACCUGAUUUCUGGGUUGGCAUCGGCUCGACCCAACGGCUUAAUCCUUUCUCCGGUUCGUGAUUCAGACCCCACAGACGUGUCUAAUAAAGUCACAUUAGGAGACUUCAUUUUGAAGCGUGCCAUUGAGCUCGGUGCUAGUCCUCUAGAUGCCCUUACGGAUAUCAUGAGUUAUUCUAAAAACCAGUAUUCGCUACAUUUCUCGCCUACAGAGAUAAAUAUAUCUAGCAUCCAGAUCACUACUCUCGCGGACGAUGUAGUACGAGCAGUUCAGGAUAUUAUCGAAUCGUGA